UUUUGUUUCAGGAGGAACAGCAGCCCUUGCAGCAUCUCCUUGCUCAUCAUCAUGUCCUUGGGAGGAAUGAGGUGCCUCGUGACUGGUGCUGGUGGGUUCCUAGGUCGAAGGAUUGUUUGCCAGCUGCUGACAGAAAAGGAGAGUUUGGCCGAAGUCAGAAUCUUGGACAAAACCGUCAGUGCUGAAGCACUCCAGGAUUUUGAGAAAGUGAAAAGUAACACCCUUUUGACAGUCAUACAAGGGGAUAUCCGGGAUGUGGCGCUUCUUCAAACAGCAGUCCAAGGAGUCUCGCUUGUCAUCCAUGCAGCUGCCAUCAUUGACACCCGGGGGCUCAUCGAUCGACAGACCCUCUGGGAUGUCAAUGUCAGGGGUACACAGUUGCUGCUGGAGACUUGCCUCCGCAAUGAUGUCCAGUAUUUUAUUUAUACCAGCAGCCUUGAGGUGACAGGGCCAAACAACAGAGGGGAUCCCAUCUCUGACGGUGAUGAAGACACCAUAUAUCAGAUGACCCAAGGCCCACCCUAUGCUGAAACUAAAAGAGAGGCAGAGAAAUGUGUCCUGGAGCUGGACAGGUUGCCACUCAAGGGGGGCAAUAGUUUUGUAACAUGUGCUUUGAGGCCCAUGUACAUCUAUGGAGAAGGCAGUCCUUUCCUUCUGAGUCACCUCGAUGAAAGCAUCCUGAACAAUAAUGUAUUUUUGAGGCUGUCUAGGAAAGAGGCGAUUGUAAAUCCUGUCUAUGUGGGAAAUAUUGCUUGGGCUCAUAUUCAAGUGGCUAAAGCCAUGAGAAACCCAACAAAAGUGAAACUGAUCCGAGGGCGUUUCUACUAUAUCUCGGAUGAUUCUCCCCACACAAGCUAUUCCGACUUCAAUUAUGAGCUGACAAAGGAGUUGGGCUUUGGUGUUGAACCCAAACCUGUGAUGCCCAUUACACUUUUUUAUUAUUAUGCUCUGUUCCUGGAGAUUGUGAGCUUCUUGCUCAAACCUUUCUUGAGAUACGUUCCUGCUAUUAAUCGUUCCCUUGUAGUCCUGCUCAACACCCCAUUCAGUUUUUCUUACAAGAAAGCACAAAAGGAUUUUAACUAUACUCCUCACUACUCCUGGGAAGAGGCCAAACAGCGAACAAGUCGAUGGAUUGCUGACAUAACCCCUCUGAGGGCAGCAUAUCUGAAAAGCAAGACUACCUGAAUGCCAGAAAAGCAAAGCCUAUUUUUUAAAACAAAGGGAAGGGGGGGGCAUAAGAAUAUCAAAUCAACCAAUAAUUUUUUUUAUUAUGGUC